AUGGCAUCGCUGGUAUCACGCAUCGGGAUGUUGCUCCUCGGAGUCGUCCUCACCGGAUGUGACAUCCUUUUCGAUCUCGAAGAUGCGGCUCUCUCGACGCCGGAAAUCACACGGAAGUACGGUUACACCUCCGAGGUGCAUCACGUGACCACCACCGAUGGGUACGUGCUGGAGUUGCACCGAAUCCGUGGUUCACCACGCUCAGGUCCUGCGAACCCAACCAAACCACCCGUACUACUGCUGCACGGACUUAUGGGCUCAUCGGCCGAUUGGAUCCUGGCAGGACCGGACGAAGCUUUGCCGUAUCUUCUGUCCGAUCGUGGCCACGACGUUUGGCUUGGGAAUGCUCGUGGUAAUCGGUACAGUCGGAACCACACGCACCGUUCACCCGAGGAGCGGGACUUUUGGGACUUUUCUUUCCACGAGAUCGGUCUUUAUGACCUCCCAGCGAUGGUUGACUUUGUGUUGGCUCGAACAGAUCACCAACAGCUUCACUACAUCGGUCACUCGCAAGGUACCACAGUGUUUUUCGUACUCAACGCACUUCGACCCGAGUACAACCGGAAGUUCCUGCUCGCGCAAGCUCUCGCACCUGCUGUCUUCCUGAACCACCUCCAGAACCCACUGUUACGGUUUUUCGCUCAACACGAAACGGCCGCUUUGCACUUCCUUGGCUCAUUGGGGGUCUUUGAGUUAAAACCCUUUCCGGACGAGCUGGACCGCGUUACAGCGGCACUUUGUCCGGAUUUCCUCGCUAGAGCACUCUGCCUGGACGCGAUGCACACGAUGACGGGUGGCAAAUAUCCACAUCUCGCACCCGGUGGUUUACCGGUGCUGUUGCGCCAUCUACCGGCCGGUUGCUCAACCCGCCAGGUGGCACAUUUCGGACAGGAAGUCAUCUCCAGUCGCUUCCAGCCGUACGAUUUCGGCCCGGUGGAAAAUCGGCGUCGAUAUGCUGGCCACGAGACGCCACCGGAGUACGAUCUCGAUCGCGUCACGGCACCAGUGGCCGUCUUUUACGGACUUGCGGAUCAGCUAACGCAUCCGGAUGACGUACGGCGGCUUGCGGCCAGGCUGCCGAACUUGGUCACCCUGAACCUGCUACCAAAUGUGACCUUCAACCAUAUGGACUUCCUGCUCGCGGGCGACGUCAAGGACGCACUGUAUGAUACCAUUAUCGGGCACGUGGAACGCACCGGCUGA